AACAAACUUACGCACUCUGUAACUACCGGUGAGUCGAAUGGAAAAUAUGCCAUGCGCUCAGAGACAAACAAGACCCAGGGUUACUGGAGGAUUUGGCAUCCUUCAGGAUGGCAGCUGAAGAGGAACGGAGUAACCCUGUGUUCUUCUUGAACCUGCCGCGGCUCGAGCAACAGCGUUUUCUGCCAGGCUCGACUCCAGCCCGGCUCGCGGGCUGGUUGCUUUGUGGUGAUUGGCAGGAACAGGAGUUCACUGCCUGAGGCCUGUUUUCGUUGCAGGGACAGGUCCGCAGCUGAUUGGCGAGGAGGGGGUGUUCCUGGCCUCCGCCCCGUCCCAAAAUAACCUAGCCGUCCAACAUUCUCGCUCCACUGGCAUCGACGGCCUCAGUUCUCCACUCCACCAAGGCUAUUCUUCCCCUGACUUCUAUUAUUAUGGACAAAGCCCAUUUCAUUGACCCUUCCCACCAUUUCGCCUCCCGUCAAUGACCAUUCAUCUUGCGGUUUGGCAUGGUUGCCGGCUAAAUGCUUGUAGAGCCUGGAACUUCCACCCUUCCCCUCGUCUUUCUAGUUUUCAUCGUUCAGCUGUGAUGCUGGAUUCCCGAUAGCCCUCCAGAUAUACGUCUCGGCCUUCACGAUUCGCAUCCAUGGCCGCUGACUUUCCUCCUACUGAUCCCCCUGACACAAGCCUUCCCGCCGUGCGCUAAGCCGUUAGCUUUGCUAAUCAUUCCCGAUUGGUCCCUGGCCUUAGCAUGAUAACCCCAAAUGACCCGGCAUUUCGACAAUUCACCCCUGAUCCGGUAGACCACGAUCUGCCAGGGUUGACGAUGACCCCUUCUCUCGACUCCCCCGGUGUCUUCACUGUUUCGUCAGUCGCGAGAUCAAGCACCGUAGCGACUUCGAUCGAGUCAAGACAGUCCAUCCAAAGCCCCCAGUCCCCAAAGGGCUCCUUUGCGCCUCACCCUCAUUCUCCCAGGAGUCCUGCCUUUCUUUCAUCUCCCAUUCGCAGGAAACCCCUUCCUCCCAAUGUUGCUCCUCUGACCCGUACGGCGGUUCAUCACCGGUCGUCCAUAACCUCCUCUCCAUCUGCCGCCACCAGGACCACCACAAGAACAACAAUCACAAACAAUAUACCCUCUUCGGCUUGCCUACAACAGGAGCAGUUCACCCUGAGGGAUCUUGAUAAGUAUCCUCACGGCCAGAGUCCUCUACAUACGCCACGCGGUUCCAUCACAGCCUUUCCGACCGCAGAUAUACCAAAACCAAGAGUUGCCAAUGUCUCCCCAUUCGAGAACUCUAUACAUACUCGCAUUGCUAGCCAGCCGCUAAUACCAACAACCCACCGUGAUCUACCUCCACAACAAGGGAAGGAACCGAAACGAGCACUGACCAUGGCGCUUCAUCUACCUUCAAGCCGGCCUCCUCCCUUGCGGAUCGACCUCAAUUCGCGUAAGAUGUCAUCCGGUUCUAGCGACUACAACAAACAGCUUCCUAAAACUCCCGGUAGCAAAAUCACCUCAUUCUUCGGCUGGAAGAGCGCCGCGUCUCCUGGUACUGAAUCAAAUAGCACGGAAAUAUCGGAUUCUAUUCUAUCUCCGAUGCCAUCCCCGAUGAUAGCAUCCACUCAACCGUCUGCACAAUCAUCUAGAUUCCCUUCGCGGGACUCGUUUGCUGCUCCAUCCCCUAAGAUGUUGCCUUCGCGGGCACAUACGAUGCCAGCAGAGCAUGCCAUCAGCUCGAAGGUAGCAGACCUCGAAAAUGAACUGCGCGAGAUAAGUUGCGAACUGGCAGGCUCGAUACGGAGAGAAAUGGAUUUGGAGGACUUAGUUGAGCGGUUGCAGACGGAAAUGAGUAUACCUGACGGGCAUCGUCGCGGCAGCGACUACUUUUCCGACUCUGGCUAUGGCUCCGUUAAAUAUCCUCCGAGUGAGAAUGGAAUGUCUAAAGGAGAAGAUAUUGAGAAGAUGAAGCGAUCAUAUGAACAGGAGCGAGCCCAGAUGAAAGUCGACUUGUCCCAAAAACUUCAGGAGGAGAGAUCUCGCCGACAGGUUGCCGAAUCUCACGUACAUAUAUUGGAGGGCCAAGUGCACCAGCUCCGACGGGAGAAAGUAGAUACCUCAAAUGCAGCUGCUCGAGCAAAGGAACUCGAAACUGCUCUAGAAGAUACGCGUCGGCGGCUAACAGAGGAAAGACAGUUGAAAGAUAACUUUGAAGACCUUCUCACUGCCAUGAGGGUGGAGCUGGAGCAGCAUCGAAAUGAGCGAGAUCAGCUUCAGAGUCGCAUGCAACAAGAGAUAGAAGCUCUUCGGAAUGAAAACUCUCUCCUGAGCCAAAGCCGGAAAAUGAUCACCGAUACGCAACCCCAGCAGUCUCGCUUCAAUUCCAUAGCCGAAGAAGAUGGAGAACCCCCUAUGCGAAUGUCUGGCCUCUCGAGGUCCAAUUCCCUCGCAAGAAUUCCCCCAAGCCGGUCAGGUGGUUUGUCAAGAUCAGGGUCUCUAUCCCGCCCGAGCUCUAUGAUUGGAAAAGAACGCGAUUUUCGAGAAUCACUGGUGGAUCGGGUAAAGGACGUCGAAAUGCAACGCGACGCUCUCCAUCAAACUGUGAAAAGCCUCCUUGAGCGUCAAAAUUAUCUGGCCAAACAACAUCAAAAGCGUGUUCGACUAUUAGAGCUGGAGAUAGACCGUAUCAAACAAUCUAACUCGCCACGCAGACCAGGAUAUGAGCGAGAAGUUAUAACUUUGAGAGAAGAAAUUAAUAUCCUCAGGCGGCGCGCAGACGACGCUUUGGAACAGAAAUGGCAGUGCGAGAAGGGCUUAGCCGGCUUAAAGAUGGACCUUGACCGCGCAGAGCAAGAGACGAGCUCCUUGCGAGCCCUCCUCGAACACGCCGUUAAUCCUGCGGACCAUGGCCUUGAAGCAGAUGACCUAAGCGAUUUCCAUGCCACGUCUAAGUCUCUUGAGGAUGCGUACAGGCAACUCCAGUCCAAUAGACAAGGACGUUUCGUCUCUGCAGAUGACCCCGACUUAGAGGAUGCCCUCGUUCGUCAAGUGCUACAGCAAGUUGCGAUGAACAGUGCACUUCGCAAUAGGCUGGCUCAGGCUAUUGGCCAAGGUGAACAGGAACAAAAAAUUUCAGCCGAAAGAAUCAAUGAGAUGCAGGCCAAGCUAAAGCUGCUUGAGGAGACAUUAAUUUUGGCGCAGCAGCAGUCCGAAGAUGAGAUGGCUAAGCAUGAACAAGAAAUUUUAGCCUUGAAUGAGAGCCACAAUGCUCAGCUUUUACGUGCUAAAAACGGAGUGCGGAGUCCAGCGCUAUUGUCGCCUCUUCUUCCAACCUCGCCUUUCUCUGGUCCGCGAUCCCCGCGCCUCCAGGUCACCACUAGUGGGCCUGGUGUUGCAUUGAACGAGGCCGUUCACGUUUCAAGCCUUGAGGCGAAAGUGAAGGAGCUUGAAAAAGCUUUGCGAGAUGCGGAUAAGGAGAUGGAGCAAGUUGUGGGCAGAAUGAAUAAGGCCCAGAUUGAGGUCGCGGAACUCCAAACCGAUAGAGACGAGGCACUCCGUCGGACGAGGAGGCUUCAAGCCCAGAUCAUUGACCAAAUCAACAAUGGUGAUAACUGAUCUUCAGCCUUACAUGAUGAUAUGAACGUCAACGUUACCGUACUGGCGCAUCCGAAAUUCUAAUGCGAAAUUCCUUACAACCGACAUGCUGCCCAAUGGCCGUCCGGACCCUCGAAAAUUUCACGUGUGUCCAAUCACUGAUCAAUCGAUCUGUUUCAUUUUGUUUACACGACUAUUUCGAUGAUAUUCAUAUCAUAUCCCAUUUAUUUUCGCAUUUAUAUAUCUAAUUUUAUGAUUCGUUCCCCUCGAGGAUAAAUUCACACGUUAAUUUCUAGUCAAGGGCUAUACCUUUGAAUUGUGGGAUCGAAUGGAUUUGUGUCCAUUGACCGUCCCUACUUAGCUUAUUUCAUUUUUAAUAAGCUCUCCCCUUUAGGUGGUGCUUCCCAUUUCAUCUCUUUGCAUCUUAGGCGGUUAAGCGGAAGAUCAUGACUUAAUGUAUUGUAUGUACAUUAUUGGGUUUGGAGUUACCUUCACACCAUUUGCCUAAUUUUUUACUGCAUUUUCAGUCGGUUGGUUUGGU